AUGGAACCACAGUGGACUGCCUACUCGGAGGCACCGGGUAAUCGCUACUCGCACAGCAUGGCCCCGUCUCCGCACGCCUCGCGGGACGCCAGCGUGUCUUCGCAGGUCAAGCCGGACCCCUACGCAACGCCGUCACGACAGAAUUCAAUGCCUUUGCAAUCGCCUGGCGGCACUGCUAGCCGAGGCCCCGAGUACAACGACGGCGAUGGCGAUGUUCCCAUGGAGGAUGCAUACAAGCCGCGGCUGAACAUGGCGCGCCCUACGCAACAGCAGAGGCAAUCGCAGCAGUUCCUCCAGCAAGAGGAGAGUGCCGCCGCCCGCAGAUACUCGCCCAUGAACCUUUCACCUACCUCGCCCUACUCGGGCGGUGCGCAGCAGGGCGGACAGAACUACACCAGCUUUACCCCUCAGGCCCAAGCGCAGACGCAAGCCAGCCGGCAGAGCCCGACGCGCAACAAUCCCUAUAUGUCGCCGCCCAACAACUACUACUCUCCGCCAUCCUCCCGACCGCAUGCGCCUCAACUGCCGCCUCUACAGUCCAACAUGAGCCCCGAGAGUUUCUACCCGCAAUCUGCGACGGCGCAAUUGAACGCGGUAUACAACAGAGACGCUCGAUCGCCGCGCGCCUCCUCCAGCUCAAACCCUUCACAGCUGCCUCCGCCAGGCCGAGGGCCAGUACCAAAAUUCGAAAAGUGUGUCAACACUGCCGAUUUGCAACCUAAGAUCAAUGCCCAGCCGCCCUUUCGUCGCGCAAAUCCUGAGGGUGGCUUUAUUAGCCCCCUACAAGCGCUCACUGCCCACCUGCCAAUGACCUACAAGCUGUGCAACGGCGGCUUCAACUACCAAUCGUCGCGCAACCCUCGCCGAGUCCUCACGAAGCCGAGCAAGGGCGUCAAGAACGACGGAUACGACAACGAGGAUAGCGAUUACAUACUCUACGUAAACGACAUUCUUGGGUCAGAGGAAUCAGGGCACAAGAACCGCUAUCUGAUUCUAGAUGUGCUAGGUCAGGGUACCUUUGGGCAGGUUGUCAAGUGCCAGAACUUGAAGACACAGGAGGUUGUUGCGGUCAAGGUUAUCAAGAACCGGACAGCAUACUUCAACCAGAGUAUGAUGGAAGUGUCGGUGCUUGAUUUGUUGAACAAGCAAAUGGACAAGAACGAUGAUCAUCACCUUCUGCGGCUGAAAGACACCUUCAUCCACAGGCAACAUCUGUGUCUGGUCUUCGAGUUGCUCAGCGUCAACUUGUACGAGCUGAUCAAACAAAAUCAGUUCCGUGGACUGUCCACAACCCUGGUGCGCGUGUUCGCACAGCAGCUGAUCAAUGGUCUCGCAUUGCUUGGAAAGGCAAAGCUGAUACAUUGCGACUUGAAGCCCGAGAAUAUCCUGUUGAAGAACCUCGAGAGCCCAAUCAUCAAAAUCAUCGAUUUCGGUUCCGCAUGCGACGAACGCCAGACCGUGUACACGUACAUCCAAUCGCGAUUCUACCGAUCACCCGAAGUUCUGCUUGGUCUGCCGUAUUCAGCAGCGAUCGACAUGUGGUCAUUGGGUUGCAUUGUUGUCGAGUUAUUCCUCGGUCUGCCUCUGUUCCCAGGCUCGUCUGAGUACAACCAAGUGUCAAGGAUAACGGAGAUGCUGGGGCUACCACCGCAUUGGAUGCUCGAAAUGGGCAAGCAAUCAGGAGAGUUCUACGAGAAGUCGCAGGAUGAGUAUGGUCGCAAGCAAUAUCGGCUGAAGUCAAUGGAGCAGUACUCACGGGAACAUGGCACGAAGGAGCAGCCCAGCAAGAAGUACUUCUCUGCCACAACCCUGCCCGACAUAAUUAAGAAUUAUCCCAUGCCGCGGAAGAACAUGAAGCCAAACGAGAUCGAGCGAGAAAUGGCCAACCGAGCGGCCUUUAUCGACUUUGCACAGGGACUGCUGAAUCUCAACCCACUAGAACGUUGGACCCCUGCGCAGGCCAAGUUACAUCCGUUCAUAACCCAGGCCAAGUUCACUGGUCCAUUCGUACCUCCCAUGACUCUAAAGUCUGGCUCAAGCAGGUCGCCUGCCCCCGGUGUUCAGGAACAGCAACGAUACGAGGGCAUGAGCAGACAGCGACAGCAGCAGCAACAACAGGCCGUCGCGCAACAGCAACAAGCGCAAGCAGCCCAGCAUGCUGCGUAUGCGAACAUGCAGAUGAACCAGUAUGCCGCUGCACAAAGCCCGCAGGCUCAGCAAAACCCCUACAACAUGUACGGCCCGAACCACCAGGGCGCUCCUCCACCAUAUCCUGCACAGACAGCACAAUACGGUCAGCCGAUGAAUAUGAUGCAGCCACAACAGCCACGGCAAUACAACCAGCCCCAGAACCUGUAUGCCCAAGCUACCACCCGCGCUGGGCGGCAGCGAGCAACGACGAUGGAUCAACAGCAGUCGGGACAAUCAGGUAUCCCCCCUGCCCUUCAGAGGGUCAUGAGCCACCUCGAUCCCAACGCGCCUGUUCGUCUGCAACCAUCACCGGCAUACUACCCACCGCCACCUGAUGGUGCCCCUGAAAGCGCGAGCAGCGCCGCCAGGAGAAGGGGGUCAAGGGCAGGCAAUUCAAACCGCAACCAGAACUUUGUGCGAAACUUGGAAGACCGGACGCUUGAAGAAGGUUUUAUGGGUCAGAAUCAUUGGCAGUGA